AUGCAAAGCAAACUCGCAGACAGAACGACGAAGGCCGAGUUGAUGAUGUAUCGGACGCACAAGGACAACUUGAGAAACAUUCAACCAAAAGUGGACAGCAAAGCGCCUCCGUUGAACCCGUUAUUGAUGUACAAUACCGGCGUCAUGAAAAUCAACGCGGCCAGACAGUCGGAAAUAGACGAUCAGAAUUUGAAACUGAUACAAAACAUAAACGUUAUCUAUCGCACACAGGGGAAAACCGAUUGUUAUAAACCGAAAGCAAUAGACCUUUGGAAGUCGACGGGUGUGGAAGAAUCCAUUGCGAUAAAGAACAAGAAAAUUUUCAAGGAGAACAAUUUAUUAUUAUCUAAAAUCCGUCACGCGAAGCCCAAGCUCGAAUCGCGCGCAGCGAUAAGGAAACAUCAAAAGAAUCACUACAAAAAUUUAAUAUUCAGUAGUGUACAUGAGGAAUAUUUAAAAGAGAGAAUCAAAUCGCGUAACAAUUACGAUCCGUUAAUCGUCAACGCAAGAUUACCGAAAAACGUGAGGAUAAAAAAAUCCAAUUGUUUUCUAGACGUCGUGGACUCGACGGCCGACCGCCGGCUGGGACGUCUGACGAUCGAGUUGUACGACGGCGUGGUGCCCGUUACCGCCGAUAACUUCUCGGCCCUGUGCCGGCUUCGCGGCCCCGGCGGUUACGGCGGCACGCGGUUCUUCCACAUCGUGCCCGGCGUGUUUUGCCUGGGCGGCGACGUGCAGUACUCCGUCGGGAUCGGCGGCCAGUCCGCGGCCGUCCACGACGGGCGACGUUGUUUCGCCGACGAGAACCACCUGCUCAGCCACAAUGCGCCCGGUGUACUGUCCAUGUACAAUUUCGAUAGGAACGAAAACACUUCACAGUUCCUAAUUACGUUCAGACCGUUGACGACGAUGGACGGGAGAUACGUCGUUUUCGGCAGAGUUGUUUGCGGGUUUGACACUUUGGAACUGAUCGAGAACUUGGGAUUGCCUUCCGGUAAACCAAAACACAAGAUAAUUAUUGGCGACUGCGGAAAAAUUGAAGCGCAUGAAUGA